UUACCCGUCCAUCCCCAAAGUGCUGUCCCUGUUCCACAUCCUUUGCCCACACUCCGGGCAGCCAUGAGCUCUGCGGACCAUUUACCUUUUUCCUGGGAAAAAGAAAAAAAAGACAUUUUCCCAGGAUUUCCUUACCUAGGCGGUCUCACCAAGCUGCAAAGUGACUGAACCGAGGGUCUUGGUACCGGAGAGAGCCCCUGGCACUUGCCGGCACUGCGUUGGGGCCACCUCUGAGCGCUUUUCACGGGGGAAGAAGACAACGAAAUCCAAGCGCAGAAGGGGUGGCGGAGGGAGGUUACCUGCUCUACUGCUGCGGGGUGGCAGCGGCACCAAGCUCGCCCCGGGCUGGCCGUCGGGACUCGUUUCGUUUGGUUUUUCUCCCGGGAGGAAGCACCAGUUGCGAGCGACGCGAAGCGCUGGCGGAGAAGGGCCGGGAGGAGAAGAGGCCGCAGCGCUGGCCCGGGACCCCCGGGGGAGGGACGGCUCGGGGGCAUGGCUACGGAAGGAACCCCAGGAGAGGCUGGGGGAUUUAGCCGUGGGAGCCGGGACCCCUCCCCGGGGGCCUCCUCCUCCCGCCGGGGGAGAGGGGCCGGGCAGGCCGGCACCGCACACCCCUCCGGGGGGGCGACCGCCCUAUAUAUUGCCAAGCGGCCCGGGACCGACCUUCCCAUCGCAGGGAGCUGCCGCCGAGCCUGCCCCCCUCCCCUUCCCCUCCCUCUCCCCUUCCCCUCCCCUCGGGGGGGCUCUUUCUCCCCCCCCCCCCCCCAUCCUCCGAGGAGGAGGAGGAGGAAGGCGAGGGCCGUAUAUGAACGCGGCCGGCUUCCCCUGCCUGCGAGGCAUGUGCACGCUGCCGGCUGCCAGCCCCGCGGCCGUGGCCAGCCCCGGCUCCCCCGGGCCGGCGCGGGGCUCUCCGCAGGCGCCGCCGGUGAAGCCGGAGCCGCGGGGCGCCGGGAGCAGCCCGGCCCCGCCGCCGCCGCCCGAGGAGCCGCCGCCGCCCGCCGGGGGCCGCCGCAGGAAGCGGCCGGUGCAGCGGGGCAAGCCCCCGUACUCCUACAUCGCCCUCAUCGCCAUGGCCAUCGCCAACGCCGCCGAGAGGAAGCUCACCUUGGGCGGCAUCUACAAGUUCAUCACCGAGCGGUUCCCCUUCUACCGGGAGAACCCAAAGAAGUGGCAGAACAGCAUCCGCCACAACCUCACCCUCAACGACUGCUUCGUCAAGAUCCCCCGGGAGCCCGGACAUCCCGGCAAGGGCAACUACUGGACACUGGAUCCGGCUGCCGAGGACAUGUUCGACAACGGGAGCUUCCUGCGCCGGAGGAAGCGCUUCAAGCGCACCGACAUCACCACCUACCCCGGCUACAUGCAGAACUCCAGCGCCUUCACGCCGCCGCCCGCCGGCCGCCCCGCGGCGCCCGCAGCGCCCUACCCCAACGCGCUGUGCUCGCCCGGCUACGGCCCGCAGCUCUCCGGCAGCGUCUUCCACCCGUACGCGGCCGGGGCAGCGCCGCCGGCGCAGCACCCCAGGAUGUUCAGCAUCGACAGCCUCAUCAGCGGGCAGCAGGCCCUGCAGCCCUCGCCGCCCUCCGAGCUGGGCCACCCAUCGCUGGGCUUGCCCGCGGCCGAGCUGGCUCCCGCCUGCUCCGCCGGCAGCUCCGAGCCUCCCUGCUUCCAGGCACAGCCCGUCAGCCCCGGCCUGCUGAGCCGGGCCGGCCCCAACUCCCUGGCGUACCCCUACGCCGCCUCGCCCCCGCACCUGCCCGUGGCUCAGGGCAGCUACUCGCCCGGCAGCCCGCAGCUCUACGGGGCUCCCAACAGACUGGCGCUGCCGGCCAUGCGGCCCCCGGCCUGUGCCGAGCACGGCGAGCAGCUGCUGGGGCUCUCCGCCUCGCCCCUCGGCCAGUUCGGCUCCAGCAACACGUACAUGCGGCAGCCCAACUUCCCCGCGGGCCUGGAGCGGUACAUGUGAUGGGGCACAGCCCGGGCUCCACCAGCGGCUCUGGACAAGCGGGCUUCUCCCUGCCCUGGGGCCAGCUGGGCUGGAGCCGGGGGUCCCCGGGCCCGGCUGUGUGCAGACACGCAGUGUGGGAGGGCUCAGCUCCUCUCUCUCAGCUUAUUCUGAAACGGAGGCAAGGUGAUCUGUUUAUCUGCUCCAUUCCUUUCCGGAAAAGGUGUUUUCUGGCUGCAUCUGCCGGGCAGGGCUUCCCACUCUUGCCCUUGUGCCCCCUGCAGCAGCGCACCCCGGGGCACCCCAGGGCGAGCAGGAGCGCACUCAGGAGGUGGAACGUGCAGGAACUCUCUCAAAUGGGCUUUCUCCUCUCUUCUCUGAGUGCCUCCCGAGUAACUGGAAUGAAAGUUAUCAAACCCCCUCCCCCAAACCACUAAACAUGUUCACUGGAUUUUAAAUGAAUAUUUAAGAUGUUUAUCAUUUCCUUUCCCUGUAGGAAAAGAAACCCCAACUUGACUACUUCUUUUUACUAUUUUUAAAAAUUACUUUUAUUGUUAGAAAGGUCUUUUUUAAAAUAAAGCUUUUUCUUCCAACAUGACCAGUGCUGCUGUUCCUCUGGCUCUGGAUGGAUCUUGGCAAGAGGAAAUUAUAGUUUUGGAACUGGUGGGAGACUGUUUCAUGCUGCUGUUGUGACACCGCCACAUCUUACAUUUUUAGUGAUGCUUCUUAAAGCUCUCUAUUUUAUUGUGAUUUUCUUAAAACCAAAUGGUAAUUCCUACAAGAAUCCCAUGCAGCUCUUACUGGACUUGAUAGUUUCCAUUUGCAUAGAGAAAAUGUGUCUUCCCUCCAAGGAAUCCAUUGCAGGUGAAAUUCUGAUUUAGCCCAUCAAAUUAGGAGAUCACAGUUUUUCUUCCUAGCAACAAAAUCAAUUAAAGUUCUAACCUGUUCACUGGCUAGG